AUGGGUGAACUCUUUUCGUACUUCGACGGAUCGUCAACAUUAAACUCAACAUGCUCAUCUUUCGUGACUGGAGCAACCGUAUGUUUUCCACCAGUUAAAAUCCCAUUCUACUUCUCCCUCCGCCAAAACCUAUUCGACGGCAUUCCAGACACACAUAUCGCCCUCGCUGCCCCCGUGCUCGCUUAUUGGCUCCUGUCUUUUUUAUUCUACUGCCUUGACAUCUCUGGCUGGCGAUGGCUUGACAAAUAUCGUAUUCACGACUCAGAGGAGGUCAAAUCUAGGAAUCUGGCUACUCCUUGGGAGGUCGCACGAGCUGUCCUAUUCCAGCAUGUGACGCAAACUGUGUUGGGUUUAGUAUGGUUGGCAGAGUCGCCAGAGAUCUCGGUUGCGCAGUGUCAGAGCGAGAUGGAGGCCUUGGGAAGAACACUGGUAUGGGUUGUGCGACGUCUUUUGGGAGAGGAAACAGGAAUGAUGUUUUUAGAGCUGAGGGGGCCUGGGAUAACCCAUUGGCUGUACUGGUGGGGAAUUCCAGCUGCCCAGAUCUUAUUCGCGCUGUUCAUUGUCGAUACCUGGCAGUACUUCCUCCAUCGCUUGAUGCACACAAACAGAUAUCUCUACAAGAAGAUACACUCUGUGCAUCACAGACUUUACGUCCCCUAUGCCUUUGGGGCGUUGUACAACCAUCCUUUCGAGGGCUUCUUGUUAGACAGCGCAGGCGCAGCAUUCGCGGAGAGCCUCUCGCAUCUUUCCGUUCGACAAACGAUCUUCCUCUUUGCAUUCAGCACUUGCAAGACUGUCGACGAUCACUGCGGAUACAGUCUCCCAUUUGAUCCAUUCCAGAUGAUGAGCGGAAACAAUGCAGACUACCAUGACAUACAUCAUCAGGCCGUCGGAAUAAAAUCAAAUUUCUCACAGCCUUUCUUCGUCCAUUGGGAUGUCCUACUCGGGACACGUAUGACCAGAGAAGAUAUUCAAGAACGCCGAAACAAGGUCAAGAAAUCGUGA